AUGAGCCACGCCGAGCCGCCUGCCCCCACGCAGGUAAACCUCAGCCACUUGCCCGACGACUCGCCCCCCGUGAGAGCCGCCGUGGCUGAGCUCCGGCGCAAAGCCAGGGAGGAGGAGAGGAUCCGGACCCUUCCCUUCCUCCUCUCCGAUACGCACCUGGUCCGCUUCCUAAGAGCCCGAGACUUCGACGGCGACUUGGCGUGGAAGUUAUUGAAAAAUUAUCACAAGUGGCGAGCAGAAUGCCCAGAAAUAAGUGCAGAUUUGCGGCCUUACUCUAUUCUUGGUCUGUUGAAUAAUGGUUACCUUGGAGUUUUGAAAGAGAGGGACCUACAUGGCAGUAAAGUUCUCAUUUAUAGAGUUGGACACUGGGAUCCAAAGGAGUUUACUGUAUUUGAUGCGUUUCGUGUAAGUCUCAUCACCUCUGAGCUUAUUGUACGAGAGAUUGAGACACAACGGAAUGGAGUCAAGGUUAUUUUUGACCUGAGAGGAUGGAGAUUUGCUCAUGCAUUUCAGAUAUCUCCAACAGUGGUCAAAAGAAUAGCUGCUGUGCUCACAGAUUCCUUUCCAUUAAAAAUCCGUGGUAUACACUUCAUUAACGAGCCUUUGUUCUUUCAUCCUGUCUUUGCUAUAAUUAAGUCCUUUCUCCCUGAAAAAAUCAAGGCACGGAUCCAUAUGCAUGGGUAUAACUAUGGGCAGAGUCUCCAGCAGCACUUUCCAGCCAGCAUUCUCCCGGAAGAAUAUUGUGGAGGAUCAGUUUCAAUUGAAGAGCUUUCCAGAGAGUGGACUGAUUUCAUAAUACAAUCGGAAAGUUAUCUUCAGAGUAUUUCACAGCUGGGGUAGUCCAUUAACAUGGUAACAUGUGUUUAUUAGGAGGACCAUCAAUAUUUGAUCAUCAACCAGCCAGAGAGAAAAAAAAAUGAGGUUAAUCCCAUGGAUUGCUUGUUUCGGAGCCUUCUGCUGAUUUAAAUGGGAUUUGCAAAUGUUAAUGAAGUAAUAGCUACCCGCAUAGACAUGGCUUAUAUAAUAAUGAAUUAUUUUUGAAUUUGGAAUGUUUUGAUCUUAGAAUGAAGUUACUGGAAAAGAAAAGGAGGAAGGGCACAUGUACGUUCACAUUUUAUAAUCAGGGGACCAGCCUAGCACUACAGCAAUGCACUGUACUGACAGGAUUAAAAAUCAGAGGCCUAUCUAGUAUCCCAUUCUUCUUGUGUCCAACUAGAUGCCCCUGAGAAUCUGGGAAGUGGGGCGAAGUAGAACCAGCAACGUCCUGUUUCUCGCCUUAAUACCUUUUAUUCAGAAGUUUAGUGCCUUUGAAUAUGGAAGCUGCAUUUAAGUUCUCGUGGUUAACAGACAGUCCUAGCUGGCAUAAUGUUUCAGAACUAUUUUAUAAAAAGCCCCAUUGAGAGACUGUCUCCACUUCUUGUAUACAGAGUUUGAUAUGUUUAGGUAUAUGUUUUGUGAAGUAAUUGUCUCUUUUAUUAAUUCUAACCUUACUGUAUAUCAAUGCAUGUUGCAUCUGGAAUACUGAAAAGGGAUUUAACUUGUUCUGUAUUAGUAUAUAGUGAUCAAGAAUCAUAUAUAUGCAAUCCAACUUAUGAAUGCUUACUCAUUCAUAACCCUAACUAUGUUCAGUUGUGUUUUCUUUAAUCCUUGUAGUGCAAACCUGUAUCUGCCUACAAGAAAUAAGACAAAUUUAAUCCAAUGAUACUUAUUAUCAUAAAAGAGAAUACCAAAUUACAGCCUUAAUUUUUAUUGUAUAAUACAAAUUUUCACUUCACUGAAAAAUAGCUAAAUAGUGGCCAAAAUCCCAUUGUGCAACUGUACACAGAGAACUUGAGUUUGCACACACAAUAGUUGCGUUCGCACCAAGACAAAAGCGCUACCCUGAAGCGCUUCUGCUGGUGCACUGCACAAUCGGUCAUAUCAGGGAUAUGUGACCAACUGCACAACUUCUUAACACAAUUCCUUGUUGCUGGGUGCAACACUUAGCCCAUAUACACUGAUGUAAGUUUUUUAACACCAGCAUGAACAAGAUAUUGGCCAUUGGCUGAAAUCUUGCUUUGCAAACUAAAUCAAAAUUUGAUGAGACCCACUGAAUCAAUGGAAUAUAUGGAGUCAGUGACUUGCCAAUUCCUCACUGAUUCAAUGGGCCUACUAUAGUUGCAAAUUAUUGUGCUAAGCAAUAGAAUUGCAGCCAAUGUGUCUUGAUUGCAAAAGCCAUUAUAUUAGUAAUGGUUCAUAACAUACAAAUCUGCCAUGCUUUUCUUACUUUUACUAUUUUUUCUCGAGUUAACCUAUGCUUUAACUGGUCCUUAAGAACUUGAUUUGACUGAGUUUGUGACUAUUACGUUUGCUUGAUUCAGGUGGAGUAACUAAUAAGCAACAUGGGUCCAAUUGUUGGAAUUAAAUGUUUACACUGGAAAAUCAUUUGUGCUAAUCUUAACAAGGGACACAGUAUAAAUGGUAAUGGACACAAUGUGAAAUAGAAGUACAAUGGCAGGCUGAAAUUCUCCUUUAAGGAUGAUGAUGAUGAUGCUGUCUUCUAAACUUUUUUGAGCCAAUGUAUAUGGAAUACACAAUAAAAAUGUAGAGCAACAGCCAUCAGUGGCAUUAUAUUCAUCUGAUAAGAUGUAGCAGAACUGAGGGCAUGCUCACUGCAACCCCUCAUGCAGUCUGAACCUAGAGGACAGGAAUAGUUACUGGAGCUAGUUUGCAAUCUCAGUCCCAAAAACUGGCACCAGUACAACAGGGGAGCUAUCCACUUUGCCAGCCAGAACGGUGACACUCGUCCUACUUGCACUAAUCAAUCUUCCUCAACCUGGUGUCCUCCAUUAGCUCCAGCCUACAUGGCUAGAUGCCAGGAUGAUGAGAAUUCUAGUCCACAGUCUCUGCAGGACACCAGUUUGGGGAAGACUGACUGACAUUAAGUUCCAUCAAAUUAAUAGUCGCACUUCUGAAAUGUGAAAAAAACAUGUUACACUGAUGCUAUUCUGAUCUUGAAAUAAAUACUGUAUGCCACGAAUCUGCUAGGGGUUUGGCUUUAGUUUAAAAUAGUGUAACUGAAGGAAUUGAGCUUGUUUACUGUCAAGAGGAACUGAACAAUUUAUGUACAUAAAAUAUAUUUAAAAUAUA